UGCAUCAAUAACAUUAAUUACCUGGAUGGAAUAUGCUCAAAAUGAUCCAUGAAUGUGUUGACCAUCGAAACAAAUGUUGACUAUCCAUUAUUCAUUCAUUGUGUUGAUUUUAUGACAACAGAAAUUUAUCCGAAAUGAAAGUGUCAUCGAAAUUAGUAACCCUGUUCAAACCGAUCCCGGAACCAAACCCCACAAGGUUUUCAAGAUUUCGUCAAAAAUUUAAAUUCUUCUCAGACCAUCCGUUUAUUGUGAUGCUAGCCCUGUUUCUGGUGUCCGUACCUGUUCAGAUAAUUUUCUAUCCAAGUAACAGAGGGAAAAUGCUCGAUGGUCACUAUAGAGCUGAAAUUCGUAGAAUGGAAAAAGAACAAGAGGAACGUAGAAAGGAAUCAGAAGAGAGAAAAAAGGAAGAAGAUGAGAGAAAAGCAGAACUAGCCAAAAGUGAAGCAGCCCAAAAUGAAAGUAAAACAGAACAAGUACUGAGUAAAAAGGACGGACAGAGAUACACCAUACUCAAAAACUUUCUUAAGACGGGUUCAUCAUAAUUCGGGUUCUUCAUAAGUCAUGGCUCAUAUUAAACGGGAAACUCACCAGCAAUCAAACAUACAGCGUUCAGACAUCACAAAGUUUGUGCCAGCUUUACGCACCCUUCAGAAAAUUGUUCUCUCGUGUCGAUCUCCGUCUGGUCAAAUCAAGGUUAUUCAGAAUUCCUGUGGAGGUGGUUUAACGCUGACAUCCUUGUGUGAACGCUUGCUGAAAUCUUUGUCAGUGAAAAAGCCAGUUAUUCAGCUGCUUGUUACGUCUACUCAGGGUCACUUGGAGUUGUUUGCUGAUGGGGGAUUGUUUGUCUUAAGCUUUGCAAGUACUUUGGUGCUGAAUUCAGUGGAUUCUGGAAUCAAUUCAAGACUGUUAGCUGAGAUAUUUGAAUCAUUCCUUACUCUUACGACUGAAAUCUGCAAUAGCAGUGACUGUAGUUUUAUUAUUGAUGCUCGAGUUUCUGACUUAAACUUUAUGACUAGUUUUAUUAAAAGUGUUUUAAAGCCUAAACUGUUUUGUCAAUUGGAUGAUCACUUAUUGUCAUUUAUAUCAAAACUUCUGUUGGAAGUGUUUCUGUACAGUGUUUCAGAGAAAACAGACUGGAGCCUGCAGGAAUAUAUUUAUGUGUUAAAAAUUGAGGGCAAUGAUAUAGAAGAUAGUAAAUCGUUUCCUGGGGUUCUUAUUGAAGCUCCGGAGUUAUCAAGAUUUAAGAAAUGUAAAUUGAAUACUACAAAACAUGUCUCUAGUCAUGGUCAGUGUAUAAAAUGUGUUGUCGUGACUGCAUCCAUGUCCGGUGACUUUGAUGAACUUGGUGAAUUGAAAUAUGAUGUGGAAAAUGCAGUGGACAAAGAUGAGGAAUGCUUGAAGCAGUUGACUCAGUUCUGCGAGGUAUUGAUAGUGAACAAGGUGGGUUUGCUUUUGUGUCAGAAGGUUGUCCACCCGAGACUGAAACUCCAGUUGCGGGGAUCCGGUGUAGUCGUGGUGGACAGAAUUGGAAGUGGACCGAUUAAGUACCUCACCAAACUCGUAGGAGCCAAUGCUAUCCAGUCUAUAGAGAUGGUGAUCCCAAUGACAAGUUACGGCUCAUUGGCCAAUCUUGAUCAUGUGAUCAUUCAGAGGCGGAGUUACCUUCACCUGACACACCCACACACUCCAGUUACCUCCCUUAUCCUCUGUCACCAGGAGGAACAACAGUUACUAGAACUAAAGGGUGCAUGUGAGGCAGGGUUAUGCAGCCUGGAGAAACUACUGUAUCACCCUCAUGUGUUCCCAGGGGCCGGAUGUUGGCAGGCAGUACUGGCCAGUCACAUACACACUCGGAUAAAUAAAGAUCUGUUGAACCUGACUGCAGAACUGGAAUGUUCAUCAUAUAUGAUUCGAAAAGCUGCGAACAUAUUCAUAUCAAGCCUUCUGAUCGCUUCUAUACCCAACCUGAGUCAUUUUGCCGUUAACCCACAGACUGGCCAUAUUCAUAAGAAUCCAGAGGACUUUGUUGGAUCUGAUGAUAUGUCUAAGGUCAAUAAAUUAUGCCAAUGUGGCUUGACUGAGUUCAGUGAGCAAAAUGUUCCAAUCCCAUUAAGUACUUUCUGGAAAUCAGAAGGUAUUUACAACAACAGUGCUAGUAAGGGCAGUUACUGUGGGCAGCCUUGUUCAAAGGGAGAUAAUGGUGGACUCGAAGACAAUGCCAUUAGUGCCCGUAUGAAUAAAGUGUUGAAGUCUGUUUUAGAGGAGAGAACAGUUGUGUUGGAUGGUACGGCGAUGUGCCUUGGAGCCGUACAGACCGGGGUGCUGUCAGCCUGCUCACUGUUGAAAAUUGGACAAGUUAUGGAGAACUUCUGAAGUAUUCCCAGUCUGGGUCUCUAUUCUAGCAUCUUAUUGAAAAUUAUCAACUUUGUGAAACUUUCUUAAUUUUGACAAUGUCUAUUACUUUACAUACCCUCAACUUUUCAUCCAUUGUUUUCAUAUGUAUUUAUUAUUUAUACUACUUUCUUGCUGAUUUCAUAUUUUUGGUUUUUCAAACAUUGUUAGUUGUCUUAAAAUUCAAUUUGGAACGAGGCGGUUUUGUUAGUAAGUUAAAAAUUAACCCUACGUUGCUUUGUGAAUAAAGCUCCAGGGCCCAGAUUCAUAACGAUAUCUUCCUCGUAAACCUUACCCUGCUUAAGAGUUCUUGGGUUCAACUGUCAAGUUACAGGCAGAAUCUAUGGAAUAAAUGGUCUUACGAUAUUUUUAUUGAAAUGCAGCUCAUGCCAAAAACAGAGUUUCACCUAGAUAGUUACAAAUUACAAUCUUAAGCCUUAUGAUCUUUAUUAAAACUGGGCCAAGGGGCCAUGAAUGCAAAUAGACUCAAGUCUGAGUUCAGAUUCAAGUGGCAAAAUUGCAAAUCUUCAUUUUAUGGUAACUUUCAUACUAGUUCAGUAUUGAUGAUAAAAUUUGCUGAAUGUAAUUACUGUUGCAACCUGACAUCUAGUUUUGCCAAACCAAUGAAAUAAAGAUGAUUCUCUAUCAUUUGAUAAAAGUGUUUUUCUGGGUCCGAGUCUUGACUCGGACUCGAGGCUGUUUGUAAUCAUGGCCCCUGUUUGUAGACUGUUUGUAAUCAUGGCCCCUGUUUGUAGACUGUUUGUAAUCAUGGCCCCUGUUUGUAGACUGUUUGUAAUCAUGGCCCCUGUUUGUAGACUGUUUGUAAUCAUGGCCCCUGUCACCUAUUUCUCAAAAGUUCUUAAGCAUAAAAAAGUAAGGUUUUUUUUUUCAUUAAUCCAAAUUUAUUACUUAAUCAUGAAUUUACUUAAUAGUUAUUAAUGGAUCGUGACUAUUAUAAAGAUAAUUUCUUUUUUAAGUCCUAAAAUUCGUGUAAGAAUUUAAAUGUUACGCAAAUUAUACCCAAACAAAGACAGUGUAGCUUAAUUCUGUUAUAAGGGACGUAAGGUGUUUUGAAGAAAUUGGAGCCAGAUCCUGUGUUAUUGUUUAUUCAAGUGCCUUAUAAUUUUGUCAUGUUAUAUGUUUUGUAGUUUUUGAGUUAAGGGGCUGAAAUGACCCCUUAACAAACACUAGUGUUAAAAAUGAUUUCAUCUCACAUGGGAUGGCAGUGUUGUUUAAUAUCUGCCAUACAUUUAUUUUGGUAAACCAGUAAUCAGUCAUUAUUUAUUUUAAUCAGGUAGAUCAGCUGAUUUAAACAUACAUGUAGGCUGGGCCAGUAGACAAGAGAUAAUAGUGAACACCGGCACAUGCUGGGCCUUACCUGUUUAAUUUGAUAAAAACAUUUUAAUAAACACUUACCUCAAUCUCAUUAAAAUCAUAUCGUGACGUUCAUUCAUUUCAUUACGUUAUGUACGUCGUGAAGCGUGUAUUGGAGAUCUGAUUUUAAUGAGAUUGCACUUACCUAUACUAAGUGAUAGUAGUUUUGGUCAGUAGAGAAAAUAUAAUUUUGAACACUAAGCUAGUUAAUGUUUGUUAGUAUGCGUUUAUCAAAUUAAAAUGGCCACCCAGCACGUGCCGGGCCUGACCACAUUCAAAUUGAUAAAUACAUUUUAACUUACAUUAACUAACCUAUAGUUAGUAAUAGUAGUUAUUCAUUGAAGUUUUAAUUUAUUUGAAAUCAAAAAGCUUUCCAUGGUUUGUAAAUAGUUCUGAUGAUAUUGAUUGAAAGAAUCUGAUGUAUUCAGUUCUCACUUUUUGUCAUACAUGUAACCAAAAAAUAAGAAAAGAAGAAGUGAAUGGAAUAAGCAUUGUGUGCGGGAUAUUUAAUUGUGCAUGCUGAACUUACGUUUUUUGCUGGUAUCAUAUGAAAGGGUUUAAUGUGUAAAGGACGAAUAUGCAAAUAUUAUGCUCAUACAAAUAUUGCAAAUGAGCUGUUUUAACCUUAAAAUAUUAAAACAAAAUCAUUCGUUCACUUGCAAUUUCAGUUGAAAUAAGAACAAAAACACAACUUACUGCCGUCACUUUAUCUGUAAUGUAUUUUUUGGUUAUCUAGUUUCCAUAUGUAAUAAAUAAGCAAUACCCUUUAAAAUGAUACCACAAUUAUAUGCCACUGGCAUUAUGAAAAGAAAACAAUUUUUGCACAUGGGAUCAUUGGUCAAUAUAAGUCCAACAUAUAUGUUAACAUUGAUUAUCAGUGGUCAAUAUCUGGCUAACAUUUAUAUUUAUAUUGAUUUUAGUGGUCAAUAUCUGGCCAACAUAUAUGUUAACGUUAAAUACCAGUGGUCAGUAUCUGGCCAACAAUAUCAGUGGUCAAUAUCUGGCUAAAAUAUAUGUUAAUGUUGAUUAUCAAUGGUCAAUAUCUGGCCAACAUAUAUGUUAACGUUGAUUAUCAAUGGUCAAUAUAUGGCUAAAAUAUAUGUUAACGUUGAUUAUCAAUGGUCAAUAUAUGGCUAAAAUAUAUGUUAACGUUGAUUAUCAAUGGUCAAUAUCUGGCCAACAUAUAUGUUAACGUUGAUUAUCAAUGGUCAAUAUCUGACCAACAUAUAUGUUAACGUUGAUUAUCAAUGGUCAAUAUCUGGCCAACAUAUAUGUUAACGUUGAUUAUCAGUGGUCAAUAUAUGGCCAACAUAUUUGUUAACAGUGAUUAUCAGUGGUCAAUAUAUGUGGCUAACAUAUAUGUUAACAUUGAUUACAUUGGUCAAUUUAUGGCCAACAUAUAUGUUAACAUUGAUUAUCAGUGAUCAAAAUAUGGCCAACAUAUAUGUUAACGUUGAUUAUCAAUGGUCUAUAUCUGGCCAACAUAUAUAUUAACUUUGGAUAUAACAAGUCAUUUCUUUAUACAUUGUGUUAAAUGAUGUUGAUAACAAUUUCUAUGUGUAUAAAGUACACUAAUUUUGACAUACAUGUACUUCAAAAUUAAGUGUAUAUGUAUUUUAAUGAAAUUAUUAUUGAAGUUUUAAUGUCAGAUAUGUACCAAAACAUGAAAUAAACACCAAAAGCUACACAA